AUGAUUAAAUUCAGACAAAUCUUUUUGAUUAUUCUUGCAAUUGUAAUUCCCGUUGUUCGAGGCCAAAUGGAAGACAUCAGUUUUGGAGAGAAGCACAUCUACGUUAACACCUUCCAGUAAUAUAUCGAAAAGGUACUUCUCUCUAACUAAGAAGAUUAUCUUUGGAUCGAUCGGAGGAAUCAUGCAAUACUUGAUUUGCUGUUCCAUUGUGGAGUACUACAACCCAAUGCCAAAGAAUAAACUACGUCUUUAGAAUAUUUUUAGGGAAAUCAGAUAUGGAAUAGUAUAACUCAUAUUCGGAUGUUUUGUAUCUAUGGUAUAUAUUGUAUUAACAAUUAUAAGUCCUUUUAUUAUUAUUUAUAUCCCUACACUCCAUACUACAAAUAUUUUGAAACCCAUGAUUAUACAGUCUUUCACUUCCUUUAUGGAAUAACAUUUCAUUGGCUAUGGACUACAUGUAUAAUUGCUUCCUUUAUUUAUUUCUUAUUUAGGUGUGGGAUAUUGGACUCAUAGAAUGCUCCACUUGAAAUAUUUUUAUAGGUACAUCCACAGUGUCCAUCACUCCUUUAAGGAACCUACUGCUUUCUGCUAUUGUGCUGCCCAUCCCUUGGAAGGAUUCAUCGAGGGAAAUCUCCUUCUCCACACGGCUGAAUUGAUAUUGCCUAUUCAUCCUAUGUAAACCAUGAUUUAUGGAGGAAUGAUGGCAUUCAAUGACCUAUUCGCCCAUGACGGAGGGUAUUAGAUUAGUUUAUAUAGUAGAAAAUACGAUCACUCUGAUCACUACAGACACCAUCUCUAUUAUGUAGUAAACUAUGGCGAUGCCAAGAUUGAUCGAUUCUUCGGAACUGCUUAUGAUCCAGUAUUUAUUAUAUAUAUAUUCUAGAAAAACUAUCCAGUCAAGGAGAAAUGCACUUACUUACCUGAUUUUAAGGAUAAAGACCAUCCAUUAUUUUAGAGAUACAAAUGA